AUGAGUACGGGUAUCAUCGCGACGCUACAGGAUCCUGAGAAACGCAAAAUGUGGCUGGCCAACAACAUGGACAACAUACGCUUCUGGGGUAUCUUCUGCCUGGUGGGCUUGGUAUUGUUCUAUGUCUCCUCCGAUUGGGACUUUUCAGUGCUCCUUACGAUCAGCUCUAUGAUAAGUAUGUUCUCGUUUUUAAUGGUAGUAGUGAAAAUAGAAACGUCCAAAUCGGUCAGUGGAGUUUCACUGAAGAUGUUCGAAUGCUAUACACUAGUCAGCGUUUGCAGGCUAGGGUCCAUCAUCCCUUUUGACGGAUACCUUCCCUACGACCGUUCCGGAGAUUGGCUAUAUCGACUAACAGAGGUUAUCAGUCUUUGUCUAGCAAGCACUGUUGU